AUGUACCAGCAUAUCCUGGCCUUGGCAUUUGCUAUAAAGGAGAUCAACGAGAAUCCCAAACUCUUACUGAACAUCACUCUGGGCUUCCAUAUUCUCAACAACUACUACAUUGCAAAGAUGACUUACAAGGACACCUUGAACCUGCUUUGCAGACAGAAUAGGCAUGUCCCAAAUUUUAUCUGUGUUGCUCAGAAAAAACUAGUUGCUUGUAUUGGAGGGCUUAUGACUGAGGUCUCUGCCAUUAUGGCCAACAUUUUUGCUGUCUACAAGGUUUCACAGAUGGUCCCUGAUGAAGCCUAUCAGUACAUUGGAAUUGUCCGGUUACUUCAGAAUUUUGGAUGGACAUGGAUUAGGCUCUUGGCUGUGGAUGAUGACUAUGGGGACAGGUUUCUACAGGCCAUUGUACCAUUACUUACCCAGAACAGCAUCUGUUAUGCAUUCAUUCUUAGACUACCAAAACGGUCUUAUUUGGAUGAUUUUACGGACUUCAUAGUAGGGCAGCUCCAUCACUUUCUAAAGUGCGCCUUCUUCAACAACAGUGCUGGAGACACUGUGAGUUUUGGUGAAAAUGGACAAUUAUUAGCAGAUUUUGAUGUUACAAACUGGGUUACUUUCCCAAACAACUCUUUUGUUAGAGUAAAAGUUGGACGACUGGAACCUCAUGCUCCAUUAGGCAAAGAGUUGACUCUUCAUGAUAAUCACAUUUUGUGGCACAGAAGCUUUAAUCAGAUGCAGCCAAUUUCUGUUUGCAAUGACAACUGCUAUCCCGGCUACAGCAGAAAAAAGAAAGAAGGAGAGAGAUUUUGCUGCUAUGAUUGUGUUCCAUGUCCAGAAGGAAUGAUCUCUAACAAAAAGGACAUGGAUGCCUGUAUUAAUUGCCCAGAAGAUCAGUAUCCCAACGACCAAAAUCAGUGCAUUCCCAAGAUUUUAUCUUAUCUCUCUUAUAAUGAACUUUUAGGAAUCAUCUUUACUACAUCAGCAAUUUCUUUCUCUUUGAUUACAGUAUUAGUGAUUGGAGUAUUUAAGAAGUACCAGGACACUCCCAUAGUGAAAGCCAACAACAGGACCCUCACCUACAUCCUCCUCGUCUCCCUCCUUCUAUGUUUUCUCUGUUCCUUGCUCUUCAUUGGACAUCCUGGAAAGGUGACUUGCCUCCUCCGACAAAUGGGUUUUGGCCUUGUCUUCUCUAUGGCUCUCUCCUCUGUGUUGGCCAAAACUAUCACUGUGCUUAUGGCCUUCAUGGUAACCAAACCAGGUUCCAGGAUGAGGAAAUGGGUGGGGAAAAGAAUGGCAUAUUCUAUUGUCCUUUCUGGCUCAUUCUUUCAAGCAGGCAUUUGUAUGGUUUGGCUGAUUACUUCCCCUCCAUUUCCAGAUGCAGACAGGCACUCAAUGAAUGAGGAAAUACUACUGGAAUGUAAUGAGGGUUCACCCAUCAUGUUUUACUGUGUCUUGGGUGAUUUGGGCUUCCUGGCAACUGUCAGCUUCACUAUAGCUUUCCUAGCCAGGAAGUUACCUGACAGUUUCAAUGAAGCCAAAUUUAUCACUUUCAGCAUGCUGAUCUUUUGUAGUGUUUGGGUGUCUUUUGUUCCAGCAUACCAGAGCACAAAAGGAAAACACAUGGUAGCUGUGGAGAUCUUCUCCAUCUUGUCCUCCAGUGCUGGAUUAUUGGGUUCUAUUUUCUCUCCUAAAUGCUACAUUAUUAUUCUGAGGCCUGAGCUGAACAACAAGGAACAUUUAAGAAGGAGAGAAAAGUAA